AUGCUUUCAAACUCUCAUGACACAAAGAAAGAAAGGUUGAAAGACUCAUUACUUGGACUGCAUUGGGCUGCUACUACAGGCAACGUUGGGCUCGUAAAAUUUGCUCUGGACCAUGGAGUCCCUAUCAACUCUGUAGUCAAUGGUUUUGUGCCACUACAACUGGCUUGUAUAAGUGACAAUAAUUUAGCAGUGAUUCAGUAUUUAAUUGAUAGAGGUGCCGAUGUGAAUAUACAAAAAUGGUCGAAGAAGUAUAGUGAAAAUAAAUCACAAGCUGUAUCAGGCGCUACGGGCUCGACAGCACUUCAUGUAGCGUGUGCUAAUGGUUGUACAAAAGUUGUAGACCUGUUGCUGAGAAAUAAUGCCCGUGUCGAUGUGAAGGACAAAUAUGGAACUUCCCCUCUAGACAUAGCUCUAGCGAAACAUGAAACCGAAAUUGUCAGACUACUCAAAACAGCUAGAGAAAAGCAGCGUCAUAAGAACCAAAGGCGGCCGCGGGCAUUUUCUUCUAGUAGCAAUGAGGACAACAGCGAUGUUAUGGCCAAAAGUAUGCACGGCCGAAAAUCAGUUGAUGGCACUCUUCAUCAAACAAUAUCAACCAGUCAUAAACGAAGUAUUUCUGAUAAACAACCGAGAAUACGUCGACCCAGUUUACCAUCUAUAUUUGAAGGCCAUCAGCGUCAUUUUACCCCACAACAAAGUAGCAUAUUACCGUCCUCAAUGACUAUGACGCCUACUACCAAAAACAGCAGCCAAAGUCAUAGCGCUACAGAGACAAUUCCUGUUGCUGUUUCACGGCGGAGUUUUUCCAGCACGCACAGACCAUCCCUUGAUGAGCCUACUUUCUCUUCUUCUUAUCAUUCCUGCCCGACGACACCACGUACUUCAAUUGAUCACUAUAUGCAUACAAAGCGCUGUCAUCAGCAAGCAGUGCGAAACAAUAUACCCAUUAGAGAAGUGUGUGCAUCGCCACGUUCUUCUGAAGACUCUUCCUCUUUCUUAUAUCCAACAUCGCCUCAGCAACAACGAUUUGCCAGCAAUAGCAGCAGUGGCAAUCUCGGUUCUAUAUCACAAUUGUAUCUUAAUAGUCAUGAAGUACCCGAUGAGCAGCAGCAAUAUCAGCAACCACAAGAUUGGUAUGGUUUUGGCGUUAUUAAUUCAUAUGAAGAAGAUAACUAUUUGCAAUCCCUAGAACGCAGAGCAUUCGAUUUAGGAGGCACUAAAGAACCAGCAGAGAGCCGAUAUUCUAUAGAUUCGUCCAGCAGACGGAAUUCACAGGAAUCAUAUCAUGUUAGUAAUAGACGGGGAUCCUUAAGCUCUCUUGUAUCAUCCGGUGCCUUGACAAAUACGGAUGAUAAUGCCAGUCAUCUUUCUUUAUCGCAGCAGUCCACGUUUGCUCCAAAACGUGAGGAUUCCAUGGAUUCUGUACAACAACUACGAACAACAGCAUUGAAAAACUCGUUAGCUACAAAUAACAACACAUCAUUAUCAAUAACAUCUGAAAUGGAAGAAGAAAAAGGUUAUGAAGGAGAAGAUGAUGGCGACGAAGAGGAGGAUGAUUACUUGGAAGAAGAAGAGGAAGAGGAACCUUUACCACGACCUUCCGUUAUACUAGAUAGAGGAAGCGAAGUGGAUAAUAUUCGUUACCAACUCUUGCACUCUGAUAAGUCGGAAAAAGAUGGUGCACAAAAUGACACACCAUCAGCACAAGCGAGGGCUUUUACAGAGCAGCAGCAAACAAAUGCGAAUAAAAAAGGAUGGUUUACCAAAGGAAAAGAUACGGUAGGCAUGCUAGGCUGGCAUUCCACGGACACCACUCAACACCACUCACAGCAUCGUAAAGCUCUCGAUUUAAGGCCAAGUCUCGAUAAUAUCACUCAUCUUGCACGUAAGGGCGUUCCGCAUUUACUGAGCAGUAGUAGCAAUAACAACAAUACAACCAGUCAAGAUGACGCAGACGACGACGCAGAUUCUUCAGAUAUGAAUGAAAGAAACAACGAUAAGCACCCACACCGUCCACAACUACAGCAAAGAAGCGGGUUCUUCUCUAAGUGGACUUCUUGGGCAAGAAAAUAA